UGAGAGUAACACCCACCUACCCAUCACCUACCCACCUGCCUCACCUUUAUUCUUUGUCUAUCUUCUUCUUCAUCUUCUUUUCGUCUUUUUUAUUUAUUGUUAUUAUUAUUAUUGGGUUUGUUUGUUUGUUUGAGAUGGUGGUGGUCAGCAUUAGGGCAAGAUGGUUAUAUAUCUAAUUUUAUAAUAUUUUACUGUGUUAUUAUUAUUAUUAUUACUAUCAUUAUUAUUUAUUCAUUUAUUAUUAUUUUUUAUUUGUUUAUUUUAUUUCAUUUUUUUCAUUACCACAAGUGUUUUAGAGUUGUGGUGAAGUGGCGAUGCUCACUUCACCAUCAUUUAUUCAUAUUUUUCACCAUCUUUGAUCUCUUUGGAACUGCGGUGAAGGUGGCAAAUCGGAUUCUUAUUACUGCAUUUCGUCUGUUUACUCAUUCACUUAUUUAUGUUCCGUUCUUAGCUUAAUUUACAGUGAUGUAGUGAGUAAAAUUUCACUAUUGUUUCCCCACCUUUCUCACUAUUGUUCUCGGCAAGAUGGCGGCAACAUUCAGUCACUUCUUUAACCUCUAAAAGCACAGAAGCAUCCACACUUCCAUCACAAAUUGAUAAGAGAAAAGAAUUAAAUUAACAGUGAGACUUUUCCUCCAGUUUCUGCUUCUUUCUGACUGAAGUGUGUUGCCAUGUUAGUGUUUUUGUCGCGUCGGCAUUGAGGUGGCCUGUCUCGUUGCUUCUGGCUCUUGUUGUUCAUAUCCCCUAGUGUUUGUAAUGCCUUGUGUUUGAGUUUACAUGAAGUUGGUGUGAGGAAGAGAGAGCUGAUUGGGUGAGCAUCUUCUAAUCAGUGUUUAAUAUGUUUGAGCAGUUUUCAUCUAUUUUUAAAGUGUUCGGAAGAGAAAGAUUUGAUUUCGUCUCAAUGUUACUUUGGUACAAUGUGAAAUUUAGUCUUUAUUUAAUUUUCUCCAGCUGUGUUAUGUCUCUUCAAUAUUUUUACUCAUUUUUGCAUUCUUGUGGUGCGGCCUCUAACACUGACAGGUCAUUGAAAGGCCAAGACAAGAGGGAAACAUCCAUAAUUACGAGAUAUGACUAUUUAUUUAUAAGUGGGAGCCUGACUGUUGCUGUUGUACCUUUAGGCUCUGCAGACCUUAGGAGUGAGUGAGCUGGGAGAUUCGCUGUUGCAGUACAAAUAGCAUCUUUUAUUUUUGUAUGAGUUGCAGUGAAAAAAAUCAUAUACAAGUAAAUCCCAGUAACAGAACACUAGAGUAAUCAGUUUUUUAAUUCUUGAUGGUGGUAAGGAUUUAUGUGAAUGAGUGAGGCUGGAAACUGGCUGCCAUUAACUUGAUGAGAGAAUACGUUCAAUAUGGUUUUUUUCAAAGUCGCACACCUAAGUAGUUGGCAAAUCCUAUACCAGACACCCCCCCUGAACCCCCCCCUCAUGUUUGUGUCAUUUUGGGAGGUACAAAGCAUAAUGAGGAAUCUUAAUUAAGUCAUUUUUGUACAAGUAAUGUCAAGGUCAUUAAAUUCAUAAAUGUUACAAAGAUUUUUAUUGUUCCUCUUGUUACAUCUCAUGAACCUGAACUUCUAUCUCCUCCUCCUCCUCCUCCUCCUCCUCCUCCUCCUCCUCCUCCUCCUCCAGCUCCUGUUCCUUCUUGUCUUCACCUUCCUACUGCUUCUGUUCCUCAGUUUCUCAUAAUACUAAGGCUUUUGAAACCUUGUACUUGGGGGAUGAGUAGGAUGAACGAUUGACUGAAGAGUUAUCGGAUGUCUUUUGCCUCAUCUCCUUCCCAUCCGCCAUCUACCAGGCUUCAGGGUGUUUCAAUGAGUCCCGAGAGAAAUGCUUUGUUCCAGCCUAAAUUUGACACCUAAACAUGAAGAGUGAGAAUGGUGACGAUCUUGGCUUUAGUGUUAGUGGAGCUGAGGGUGGUGUACGUAAAACCUUGUAUUCUGAAACACUGCGCUUCACCUCCACUACAUUCAGAAGGCUCUAGUUGAAGUGAUGUGGGUUUUUAAGGGUGUUUUUGCGGUUCUAAUGACAGAUUAAUGGGAUUUCAACAUUAAUAACAGGAGAAACAUUCUGGCUAAUCAUGUCUGUGUCCUUGGAAACAGUUGUGGUGAAAUGACGUGGGUUUUUAAGGGUGUUUCUACAGUUCUAAUGACAGAUUAAUGGGAUUUCAACAUUAAUAACAGGAGAAACACUCUUGAAAACCUGGCUAAUCAUGUCUGUGUCCUUGGAAACAGUUGUGGUGAAAUGACGCGGGUUUUUAAGGGUGUUUCUUCAGUUCUAAUGACAGAUUAAUGGGAUUUCAACAUUAAUAACAGGAGAAACACUCUUGAAAACCUGGCUAAUCAUUUCUGUGGCCUUUGUUUUUUAUGGAUCCAGUGACAGAUUAAUGGGAUUUCAACAUUAAUAACAGGAGAAAUACUCUUGAAAACCUUGCUAAUCAUUUCUGUGGCCUUUGAAAGACAGUCAUGGUGGGAGAGCAGUAUUUUUGAAUACGGACCACAAAUCUGUACCUGUUUACAUUCUUACCAGAAAUUCGUCAUAGAUUACUUUCGGUGAUUGGACCUGCAGGUGAAUCUUGCUUUGUGAGGUUUGUGAAGGUGUGUGUGGAAUAAUUAUACACUUCUCCCAAUGUAUAACUAGAAUCCUUGUUUACAAAUGGAUGCAUCGAGAAAUGACACUGAAAAUAUUGGGAAACGUGUACAGGAGCAAAAAAUCUCACUGUACAGUUUUUCAAGUAUACGAGUACGCGAGAUUUUAACCAACCCAACUGACUCGCAAACCAAAACUCACCUGUACUUGUUCACCCGGUCCGCCACUAACUACAAGGUGAAUGGCAAAGCUCGGAACUGUCUGGAAUUUGUGAAUGAAGAGGUAGUGUCUGGAAAAAUAAACUGCCAUUGGUACUGAAAGGUGAAUAUUUAGAGGCCUGUGUGUGUGUGUGUGUGUGUGUGUUUGUGUGUGUGUGUGUGUGUGUGUGUGUGUGUGUGUGUGUGUGUUUGUGUGUGUGAGUGUGAGUGUGUGUGAAAGCAGUCAAGAUACAAAGCUGUGAGAAAGAUGCAUAUAAACAGAAACAGUAAUUGAAAUAUUGAUGGAAGGUAGCAAAUCAAGGUGCUGAGUCACAGAAAAUACAUGUAAAUAAAUGGGUAAUGAAAAUAGUGAUGAAGGCAAGAAGUCAAGACACAGAGAGGUGGAAAAGAUGCACAUAACCAGUAAUACCAGCAAGUCGGUACGUGGAGGUGAAAAUAACAAAUAAAAUACAAGGAAAACCAUUGAAAUCCGAUCCCCACAAGAAAAAUAAAUAAAACGAACUUGAUCAAAAGUGCAAUAUGCUUAAAAACUGAGGGAGUAAAUUUGAACAGUACUGAUCGUGGACAUAACAUAAGACACACAGAAGAGAGAAACAUGCUGCAGUGACUAUGGUGACCUGAUACAUUAAUCUCCCUCUCAGCGUCACAGAAAAGAGUGAGGUGACUGUGCAGUGUAAAGGCGAGGCAAGAUCUUUCAGUGCAGUGACAGCUAAGCAAGGUCCUGUUGUGUCCUGAAGUGCUGGGUCUGUUAAGUGCCCUGGCGGAAGUUAGAUUUGAGAGGGAGAGAGAGAUGGAGGGAUGGAAUUGUGGGUGGACUGCAAAGGAGGGAGUCACAGGAAGAUACAAGGGACUGAUACACCUGGAUGGGACUUCUACAUGUCGCCAAUACAUAUUUGUAAGGAAACAGUGAAAGAAGAACAAAGAUUAAUCAUUCAAAAAUUUACAGAAAGCCAAAAAAUUUCUCGCUUUAAAGAAAACACUGAAAGAAGAAGAAAAAAGGAAGAAACUUGUAGAGUCAGUUUGUUGUGAGCCUUGUGGUGUGUUUCCUUUUGUUCCUCUGGUGGUUUAAGGCAAGGCAGGGAAAGACAGGCAUGUUUACAAGGCGUCAGUGAUAAAAAGCGUCCUUACUGUGAUUUACUGACGAGCUAUCAUGGUUCUAAUUGUUGCUUGAAUAGUUCGUAGCAAUGAAUUAAAUGGGGUCGACUAGCUGGUGAGAGUUUACUUGAUAGAUGGAGAAGAUUAGCUGGCAGUAAAUGGAUUAAUAGCUUGUUGCCCCUCACUACAAGAGGUGAUAGAGGCAAGGGGUCUGUUAGAUGAGUAAGCGUGGACGAGAUGGACGGCAGAGGGUACUGUGAAGGUUCGUGCAUUGCCAAGAUAGACACUGGUGGAGAUACACAUGGAAAGAAAAGAAAGAAGAAAAUUUAACACAAGAGCAGUGAAAUCAAUAACAAAACAGUAUGUAGAAUAGAACUGGUAAGAUUAACCAACCUUCCCCCCUAUAGUUGAUUAAAAGCACCUUCCUUAUUACAGAAAAGAAAAAAAGAAAGAAAAAUUAAACACGAGCAGCAAGAUCAAUAACCAAACAGUACGUAGAAUAGAACUGGAAGAAUAACCACUCUUUCUCCCCCCGUAGUUAAUUAAAAGCACCUUUCUUCUCAUAACAAAACACAGUAUAACUCAGUACUAACAUAUUCUCAUCAUAGCCAUCAUCUAAACAUUUCCAACACCAGGGGAGAGGGAACAGCUUUCAGACUCAAGAGAUAAACCCUAAUCAAUCCCCAAAGACGCACUCACAAACACACACCAAAUAUAACCACAAAUCACCCUUAAUAACUUAAACCCUUAGCUGCACCUGAGCCUGUGUUUAGAGAACUACAGGAAAAUGACAAGGAAAACAGGGACAGGAGAGGAAAACAACAACAAAUGUACAAAUGGGUCUUCUUGAGGCUUCUUUCAUCAUAUCAGGAACCAGCACCUCGUCGUUAUUAGGUGAUUCUCCCUCCUUCAACCCGUCUCUGAGCAGCGAAGAGGAGGGGUGCGUCUCCCCCAUGUCCUCAGAACCCAGCCCUGCCUUCGGGUGUGGGGAUGCAGCACAGCGGGGCCCCAUGUCGUCGCUGCUUGGCCCUCCACCCACGCCGCUGUCAUCCAGGCUCCCCAUGAUGUCAUUCACAAAGGCAUCAAGCUCCUCAUCCAUGCCAGGCGGAUCAACCUCAGGGAGCAUGACAGGUGGAUCCUUGGCAUCCAGCCCCCCUUCCUUUGUCCCCGGUGGAUCACUGGGGUCAAAUUCUAAGCCUACGUUGGGUGGAUCUGCAAAUGCCAUGGGGUUUGUCUCUGGUGGAACACUGAUGCCAAAUUCUAAGCCUACGUUGGGUGGAUCUGCAAAUGCCAUGGGGUUUGUCUCUGGUGGAACACUGAUGCCAAAUUCUAAGCCUACAUUGGGUGGAUCUGCAAAUGCCAUGGGGUUCGUCUCUGGUGGAACACUGGCGCCAAACUCUAAGCCUGCAUUGGGUGGAUCUGCAAGUUCUAUGGGCUUUGUGUCUGGUGGAACACUGGCACCAAAUUCUAAGCCUGCGUUUGGUGGAUCCUCUGCAAGUUCCAUGGGCUUUGUCUCUGGUGGAACACUGAUGCCAAACUCUAAGCCUGCAUUUGGUGGAUCUUCAAGUUCCAUGGGGUUUGUCUCUGGUGGAACACUGACCUCCAGCACCAAGCCUACAUUCGGCGGAUCGUCAAAUUCCACGGGAUCGUCUUCAAAUUCCAUGGGGUUCGUCUCUGGUGGAACACUGACAUCAACCAGGCCUGCAUUUGGCGGAUCAUCAAAUGCCACAGGGUUUGGUGGAUCUUCAAACUCCACGGCGUCCCUGUAUGGCGGGGCAAACCCCAUGGCAUCUCCAUUUGGCGGGGCACCACACUCCCUCCUCAACACACCCACCACCUCAGCGAUGUAUAGGACAGCAGGCACCUCGAACUCCUUGCUGCCGCUGCCCACUGACACCAGCACCACCAGCACCACCACCCUCAUCACCGCCCCACCCGCCCCCAAGAAAAAGAAGUCAAAGGAUAAGGAGAAAAAUAAACCCAUUACAGAAAAGUUCAUUAAAUUCAUCGGCGGUGUCACUGACGACGCCACAACACCGGAGAACAUAAACAAGAUGGCCAACACAGUGCCCCUUCAGUCCUUCGCCGCCAAGCCCGGGGAGAAGGUCCACGGAUUCAUGCAGCCUGGUCAGUCCUUCAGCGCCAGUAACAGCGGUAACAUGCCGCAGCCUGGACAGUCACAGCAGCCCUCCACAGCAGCAGCAUCUGCCUCACCACAGCACAAUCACCUGGCCAACUGGUGCAAGGUUGUGGGCCGAGACAACCCUCUGGCAGGAUUUGUGGUGGUGCGGCACGAGAAUCACGACAAUGGGGGAGCUGCAGCCGCCAUCCUCAACACCUCCUCCUGCUUCAGUAGAAUGCCAGUUAAUUAUCACUAUCAGAAGCUGGACCAUCUCCACGAAUGCACAGUGAACAUUAACGGUGUGGAUGUGGUGACCUCCAAAGCAUCAGGGAGGAAGAAGGCAAGGGAGCAGGCUGUGGUGGACGCUGUGGCAGAGCUUCCCAAACACUGCUUUACCCUCAAGAUCAAGAAGAACAUCCGAGCAGAGAGUGUGACCCUGGAGCAGCUUGGAGAGGACCUGGCUAACCGUAAUUCCUUCAUGGACAACCCCAAUUCAGUAGCCAAUAAGAUGAUGAAGCAGAUGGGCUGGACUGGGGGAGGACUUGGAAAGAAGGGAGAGGGCAUUACUGAGCCUAUUAGGCCAAGUGAGGUGUUCGGCCGCCAGGGACUUGGGCACACUGGAAACAAGGGUGCCGUCACCCCGGCCUUCCGUAAGAGGGUUCGGGAAAUUAUCUCCGAGUACGCCAGCACCUCCAAGAACGUGGCACUGGCAUUCUCCAACGACUUCUCCAAGGACCAGCGAGCGGAGAUACACAAAAUUGCUCGUCUGUGCCACUUGAAGAGCGCCACUCGGGGUAAGGACACCAAGACACGGUGCCUCGUGAUCACCAGGAAGAUGCCGGCACAGGACCUCCUUCUGAGACUCCUGCAGGAAGGUUCUAAUGAUCAAUACGAGCUCAUUCCACCCUCCUCCUCCUCCUCUUAUGCCUCCUAUGGUUCCUCCUAUGGCUCCUCCUAUGGCUCCUCCUUUGGCUCCCCCUUCGGCUCCUCCUCCACUUCUGCUUGCUGACUCCCGGGAAGUGACUAGCUAGUGGAAGGUACGUUAAGUUAUAAGGACUGCGUAGUUUGUUGUCUGGAAAGUAUGGAUGUGUAUGGUGGUGUAUUAUACAGUUAUGAGUAUUAUAUCUAGUUCGUAGUUUGUAUAUUCCAAAUUAUAUUGGCUGAUGAA